CAAGAACAGUAAAGCAAGGACAGAACUUCGAGAUUUUCGUAAUAACAAAUACGAUGGAAAUUAAUCGCCGGCACCUGUCCCUAUGUAUAUUUACUCGGCGUGAAUGAAAAUCCACAUUGACUCGCCGCUGUCUUCAUUAAAGAUGGUCCAUACAAGGUUAGCAGCUGUGGUCGCCCUCCUGGUGAUUGCUGGCAGGAGCUUCACCUUUUCCCAGAGCGUCGAGGACCCAGCGGAGGAGGCGAAGAAUGAGGGUCUUCCAGCCGAGGACAGCUGUAGGAUCCCGGGGGUCACCUAUCCUAUUGGAAUGACCUACGAGGAGCUGGUCGCCGGCCUCGACGCGGACGCCUUGGUGCUCAUUGACGUGAGGGACCCGCAGGAGCUCCGAGAGUCGGGGAAGCUGCCCAAGAGUCACAAUGUCCCGCUCCCGGAGUUCGAGGCGGCUUUCCAGCUGAGCCCCAAAGAGUUCUCCGAGAAGUACGGAUUCGCGAAGCCAACCCCGCAGGACGAGAAUGUCGUUCUGUCGUGUCUGUCCGGCUGCAGGAUCGUCACGGCCUGGGAGGCUAUCCAGCCCUUCGGAUACUGCCGAGUGCGAUAUUCUCCUUUGCCUAAAUUCACUAUCCCGGAGAUAUGCAAUUCAUAUAAAGCUCAAGCAAAGCCGGCCUGCCCCAACCCUGAUGUAUUGUCGUGUUCUGGUGAGGGCAAAGCUCAGCUGAGAUCUGUAGUACCUUUUGCAGUAGGACUCAGGCUGCGCAGUCGAUUGUGCUAUCAAAAUCCACAUGCUUGUCCAUAUUUAUCAACUAAAAAUACAUAUAUGACUAUAGAUCAAGAUGGAAAUUCGUCAGACAAAUGGCCGCGACUGUCUUCGUCUGGGAAACUCUCCGCGUGCACACGAUACAUGCGGAAAACUAGUGUGAGAGGGUCUUUAGUGGUCGUCCUUGCGUUCCUUGUCGGAGCAGAUGUCUCGUUUUCUAUGACCAUUGGGGACGUUGCGAGGGGGGACUUGGCUAGAGAGGAUGGAGGACCCUUUGAGAACGCUUCCUGUAGGAUCCCGGGGAUUACUUAUCCUGUUGGGAUAGAAUUCGAGGAGCUGGCUGAAGGUCUGCUCAAUGACUCCGUGGUGCUGAUCGACGUAAGGAACCGCUGGGAACUGGAAGAGACUGGUAAAUUGCCCAGAAGCCAGAAUGUGCCUCUGCCCGAGUUCAAGACCGCCUUCAACCUGAGUCCUGAGGAAUUCUUGAAGAAGUACGAUUUCGUCAAGCCGGAACCAGAGGACGAGAACGUUGUGCUCACCUGCAGAUCAGGACGCAGGAUUUUGCUGGCUUGGGAUGCAAUUGAACCACUUGGAUACUGCAAAGUGCGAUUGUACUUUGGGUCUUACUUGGACUGGAAAGCUAGAGGUGCCCCGUUGAUACCUGUUCCCGGAUCUGUGGAACCGUGAAAACACACCUUCACAUCAUGAACGGUUUUUAGCUUUAAGCUUAUUUCAUCGAUCAGGACCUUAAAGACAUUAAAGGAAAUUAAAGACAUUUCUCUUUCACUUAUUCAUUUUUAGGAAUUCAAGGUUCUGGAUGAUUUCAUUUUAUACCAAAUACAACGACAAAAUGGAAUAAAAAUUAGAUAUA